AAAAGCCGGGGUCGGAUGCCGCGGCUGUCGGUAGCUGCGUGUGCGGGUCGACGGCGGAAGAUGCUGUCGCGACUCGUGCUGGCGCUGAUGUGCGCCGCCGCCGGCGCGGCCGGCCCGAAGCCCAAGAGCGCCGACUGCGACGGUCGGCCGCUGUCGCCCGAGCUGUACAGUUUCCAGAUACCCGACGUGCUCGGCACGCGAAACGUAUCCCUGGACCAGUACCGGGGUCGCGUGCUGCUCGUGGUAAACGUGGCCACCUACUGAGGUCUCACCUGGUCCUACUCACAACUGAAUGCACUCCAGGACAGGUUCGGGACCAGGGACUUCACCGUGCUGGGCUUCCCUUGCAACCAGUUCGGCAAGCAAGAGCCGGGCGGUUCGGGGGAGGAGAUCCUGAACGGCAUCCGCUACGUGCGGCCAGGCAACAACUUCCAGCCAAAUUUUCCGUUGUUCCAGAAACUGGACGUCAACGGCGAGACGCAGCACCCGCUCUUUGAGCUGCUCAAGAGUCACUGCCCGUCCCCGGUGUCGAAAUUCCGGCCGAGAGAGCGGUUGUUCUACACGCCGCAGGACAACAAUGAUAUUCGCUGGAACUUCGAGAAGAUUCUCAUCGACCGGAACGGAACUCCAGUCCGCCGGUACGAGCCUGGCUUCGUGCCUGUUAACAUCACCAGCGACAUCGCAGCCCUGAUCAGCACUGGAAGGCUGCCUCCAAUCGAGAAUUAGUCAUACCACGCAAAGUACACGCGGCUCUAUCAGAGCGCCUACAACUUAACCGCAAAAGUGACAGUGGGAACGUUGCAACGCUUGACCUUUGUAUUAGUUAAUUUUUAAAAACCAUGCCUAUUAUCUGUCUCCCCCGGUCCUCAAAACAGGCACUUGCCCUAUUCUUUCGCAAUAAACGUAGCUGGCCACAAUUCGCGAUUGUGACAGUGGAACGCAUCGAGAUUUCACGCGUACCAAGCGACAAGUCUUCUGAGCUCGUGUACUCUAUUGACCACGGUUUUCGUCGCGCCAUCUUAAGAUAAUUUCACUGUGACGGCGAAAAAGAAAAAGUUCUUUGUCAAAAGUUUCCGCGGACAAGAACAACGCUCGAUGUUUGUAAACUGGAAACGCAUGCGGCGCUUAGUUGUCAACGCACAAGAAGAAAGCUGCACCAGCAAGCUGAUUUUUCAGACUGCUCCGAACUGAGAUGGUGUCGAAAGUGCCAGCGUAUAACCUUCAAGUAGCUUGCUAGGUUUCUCCGGCGCCCAGGUACAUGGGUACUGCCAGUUCUCGCAUGUAUACAGCGCAAUAAUAGGUAUGAUCCGCUAACUACUCUUCUCUCUCUCCCGCCCCCCUUUAUCUUUUUUCAACGUUAUAGCGCGUUGUCCAACCUAGUACCCAGACCCCCUAAAGAUACGAACAAAAGAAGCCGCGCUCAUUUUCUUCGGCUGAAUGAAUAUUUACGUACGUGAAUGAACCGUACGUGUUGCCCCCCACGGUUCCUUCUUUCUUCCUGGUUUGUAAAGAUGCGUGCUGCGCGUGGCUCCACCGUCACUUUUGAAAGGCGCACUGUUAAGAAAGCGAAUACCGCCGUUGUUUGUGUCAUCGUCCACCCGCCAUCAAUGACAUCAUCGCCUCGGAUCACCUUCGGCUGCCAGGGAGGAAAGGAGAGCGGCCGCGCAACGCGGAGGACCGGCGCACGGCUCAAGUAUGACGAGCUGCCCCUCAAGCGAAGCCGCCGGGACAGCUCUGAAGGGAGCCGCCGACGCAAGCCCCCACUUCGUGCAUUCGGGGGGCGCUGCACCCGAUCGACGGCGACCGGCUCGUGUGCCCGGUCCUCCUGUGGAACGUUCGACGCUCUCUCGCCCUCUCAAUAAAAGGCUGGCUGUCAUUGCACGAAAUAAAACGCAGCGUCCGUGUUGUGA